AUGAAAAGGUCAGUUCGUCUCGUCUUCAGCAUUCUCAUAUUCGUUCUCUUCGCCGCCACUCUCAGCUUCCGAAUCCUAGUGCGCCGGACCUUAUUCGCCUCAAUUGAGCUUCAUCGGCACAAUGUAAUACUACCCCGCCAUGUAACCGCCCCUAUUUUCAACUCCAUCAUGGGGGUAAAGAGGAAGAAGAAACGUAUGUUGUUAAAGAGACGCCCUAGGUUUUGA